UCUGUCUACCCUUCUCCAGUGCUGUAUUCCAAUGUAGACAACUGUCGGCUGGAGAAGUGGGAGCAUUCUACUAUAUAACAGACCCCGAUGCGCUGAGCUCUUCAUCAGGAUUGCUAAAGUGGAUGCGCUCGUUAUCUGGAUUGUUUUAAUCGUACCUCAGAUUGGACCAGCUGAUUCACAAUGAAGGAGCGAAGAAUCCCACAGCCUGUGGUGGUGAGGUGUAAGAUUGUUUUGGUGGGAGACGUCCAAUGCGGAAAAACAGCAAUGCUCCAAGUCCUGGCAAAAGAUUGCUAUCCAGAGACAUAUGUCCCGACAGUAUUCGAGAACUACACUGCUGGCCUGGAAAUGGAAGGGCAACGCAUUGAGCUCAGUCUGUGGGACACGUCGGGAUCUCCGUAUUAUGACAACGUCAGGCCUCUGUGCUACAGCGACUCUGAUGCCGUCCUGCUGUGUUUCGAUAUCAGCCGCCCCGACAUAGUGGACAGUGCACUGAAAAAGUGGAAGACCGAGAUCCUGGAUUUCUGCCCAAACACACGCAUCCUCCUAGUAGGCUGCAAGACCGACCGCCGCACAGACGUCUGCGCUCUGAUGGAGCUUUCAAAUCAGAGGCAAACACCCAUCUCACAUGAACAGGUCUAUAUUUACUAUAUUUGUGUUCUUUAGCCACGUAUGGAGAGUGUAUGUAGUAUAUAUCAGUGGUGGUUGCUGC